CAGCCAGCCUACUUGAACAAAGUCCAACGUGUGUCCCCUUCCUGGUUAAAAGAAAUACUUGCGCUUGUUUGUGCAAUUUUGCACUUAAAAUUCUGCAACCUGAGCGCCAUUGUCAAGCCUGGAGGACACUGCUGUCACACCCCAGCAUGGAUGAAAAUCUGCACUUGAGAAAACAGAUGGACGAAGCUGAGUCUCUUGAUGACAGGAGGAGGCAGGGCGAGCUCCUCAUUAUGCUGACUGAAACUAUUCGGGGGCUAGAAGUUGUCAGACGCCACAGAGAUCAUCACAAUGGAGUGCUGGGUGGGAGGAGAAGCAGAACAGAGGGACCAGGUAGAGAUAGAGGAGAGGAAAUACAGGGAGGGGGUGAAGAGGGAAUGCUCAAUCCUGAAGAAGGUGAGAAGGGAGGAAGAAAUGCUGAUGAAGGGCAGCAGGAGAAAGCGUGCAAGCAGAAAGCUCUGGGAGUGCUGAGGGAGUUGAGUGUUUUUCAUUCAGACAGAGUGGCAGCAUGGAGAGAAGCUCUCAGAGAAUGUGCCUGCAUGUUGGCCAAGUCUCCACCAGGGGGCAGUGAUCAACCUUCUCCAAACGAUCCAGCAUGUAAUGUCAAGUCUUGUUCGCACUCCUUCAGUGAUACUUUUCACAGUGUUGAGGAGGACAUACAGAACAUUAUGGAAAAACUGAACACAAUCAUAACUAAGCUGAACAAAGAAAUCCUCAAAUUAUGUGGAGAGGAGGCCUCAACUGUCAAUGCAACACUUCAGGAAACCAGAGAUCCAAAAGUGUCAGAGCAACCAGAAGAUGAUAACAACCACCUGAAAUCCCACAAAAACCUUCACUUUGACUGCAGGCUUCAACAGGAUGCUGAAGAUGGAUGUGAUCAAAGUCAUGCAAUGUCAUCACCGGACACUGAGCAGACAUCAGAGUCCAGACUGAGCAGCUCUGACUGCAAUGAUGUGGAAGAGACAGAGGAGGAAUUAGUGGUCCAAAGUCAAGAAAGUGUUUGUGUUUCUCCACAUGGGCAGACUGAUUCACUGGGGCAGACAAAUUUAAAUGACAAGGGCAAAGAGGCGACCGAUAACAAAUGCAUCACAGUAGCGCUCACUGGUCAGCAGGAGGACAGACCUUCGGGCGUGUGCUUUAUCAGAGCUCCUCCAGGCGUGGCCGAAGUCCUGAGAUGUGAGGCGGCCGACGGCCUGAGCUCCCUCAUGGUGACUGGUGCAGAGGAGCUGGUCAGCAGAGUGAUCAGGGUCAAAGUUCAGGACGGCGCUCACUUCCACUUCCCUGUCACCGUGGUUGUGCCGUUCUGCGCUCGCUACCGCGGCAGCUACAGGGAUGUCGCUGUGAAGAUAGUUGACGGAGAGAGGAGGACAAGCUACAUCACUCCUGUAGCUACAGAGGGCACAUAUGGACAGCAGAGGGGCUCAUUUGCAGAGGUGAAGGUGUACUCCCUGGGCCUGUUUGCAGUAGUUUCCUGUCUAAAAAGAGAAAAUUACACAAUUCCCACAAAGGGUUUGUCACUCAAGCUACCCAUGGACCCUCGGAUCUGCCUGAACUACCUCCCAGGAUCCUUCACGACUCCAGUAAUGGCACAAACUGUGGUCCAGCCCUUAGAUGCUGUCCUUCUGGCUUCCGUCAAGUCUCAAAGUGAUGCUUAUCACUCAGUGGUGUCUACAAGCCCACUACUCUACCUCACCCACCCAUCCUCUCAGGCCCUGAGAAGACCCCUCACUCUCACCCUUCCCUGUCCUCCCAACCCCGAAAAGAAGAAGCACACAAGAGGACAAGGGGAGGAGCAAGAGGGUCAGACUCGACCUAUAAGUGCCUCUCCACCGUGGGAUCAACCUGCUUCCCGCAGAAGGAGAAUCCUUGGUGCAUCCGUGAAGUCUAAGGAGGUAUCCGACGAGCUGCUGAUUGCUCUGGGCUCAAGAGACAACCAGUGGAACAUCCUGGAGAAAGCCACUGUCAGGAACCAGCAAAAUGGACUGGUGUCCUUUGAGCUGACUGAGAACUUUGACAGGCUGCUGGUGGUGCGUCUCCUCUCUCUGCUGCAGCCUUGCCAUCUCAUCUCCCUGGCAGAGGAGCUGGAGGAGUCGGUCUGCUGCCACUCUGUCACCGUCGUCCUGCAGCCCAGACAGGACGAGCCUCAUGCCGUCUUGGUUUCUGCUUUACCCAGCAGGGACCUCAGCUGGGAGCUGUCCAAACUGCGAGCGCAGGGCUACGGCGGCCUCACGGAAACGUCAGAGAUCUCCAUGUGUGAAGGAGACCAGCUUCUCCUCCGUUUCAGUGGCAACAUCACCUCCACAGGAACUCAAAACAACCAACAUGCUCUGCACGAGCGAAUCACCUUCCACAGUCAGCAGAAGAAUCACCUCUUGCUGCGUCUAACAGAAGUGGAUCCAUUCGGGAACUACAGCUCGCCCCACUACAAGGGCACAGCCGUGUUUUAUAAGGUCGCCAGAGGUCAGCUGGAGCAGCGAGGUGACAGAGCAGAACGAAUGGACUCAAAGCUGCUGGGAGAUCCUGUCUGUAAGCUGCCUCUGACUUUACCCAAGAAAGUGAGAACCAUCAAUCGGCCCAUCAUAGCUCGGGUGAAAUUAUGUGAGGAGACAGACUCCCUUUCAGAUGCUCUUCUUCUCUGGCUGUCAGAGGAGCUCUCAGAGGAGGAGGUAGCCCUUCUGGUCCUCUCCCUGCGUCUCCGUCGCAGUGCCGUUCAGCUGCUGAAGCUCCGGGCUGGGGACAGUCUGUCCGCCCUGGCCUUUCAUGUCCUGGCCAUGUGGAGGAGGGGCCUGCCUGCUGCCUCACAUCAACCCAAAGCCUCUCAGCUGGCUCACUGCUUAGCGAAGAGCGGCAGGCCGGACCUGGCCAGAGAGCUGCUGCUGCGACAGGCUGCAGCUGCCAGGCAGGGUCCACUGAAACAAGGAUGCUUAAAAAGCGGAAAUCACAAUGCUUUUUAAUGCUGCCUGUAGUCAAAGCAUGUGUGCCUGCUAAAUUACUUGGUGUAGUGUUUUGUUUGAUCCACAAGGGGUCAGCAUUGGACCGUGAGAUUCUGUGCUCUCUUAACAGAGUCAAAUAUGUUGAUGAGUGAUGAAGUCAGACGAGUGAUUUUCAGAGGUCUCAAGACUUAAUAUUAUCCUGUGAAAAAGACAAAAUGAAAACAUCAGCAAUAUCUGAAAAAAAUCUACUGUUGUGCAGCAAGUUUCUCUUUCAUUUUGACAUUCAAGGUCAAGUAUUUGAAAGCAUUUAGUUUAGCUAUUUGUAAUCAACCUUACCUCAUUAUCAUUAAGAAUCUGCAAACUCAAACUAAAGCUUGAUUCAAAAUUAAAUAAUUAAACAUCGGUACUUCCUAGCUGUCUCGUAGAUUCUGCUAGAUCAUACUUGAAAACACUGUAUGUUAGCCUGUAUGUGUUACCACAAUUCAAAUCUUUUGAAUUUUCUCAGGUUAGAUUUACAUUUGAAGGUUCAGUGUGUAGGAUUUAGUGGCAUCCAGCGGUGCGGUUGCAGAUUUUGACCAACUGAACACCCUUCACAUCACCCUCACUCACAGUGAGCAGUGAUUGGUCUUUCUGUUCUGGGCUAUGAGAUAUGACAGACUCUGUGGAAGGGAACCUUUUUCUAGAUACAGAACACAAAGGUUCUUAGUUUGUAAUUAUACACCUAAAAAUAUUGAUAUGAAUAUUAUAUUCAUUUCUGCCCGUGGUCCCCCCCCUCCCCCCAAAUCCCACACACUGGACUUUUAAUUAUAGAUGGUUCACACAACACUUUCCUUCAACAGUUAAUGCAAUGCAGUCAUUCUCAUCUGGGAGCUGCCCUCUACGUCUCUGAAAGUUUUUGGAGGCAUAAAUCUCUGACAGUGCCCUCACAUACUGAAUUUAUUUUGUAGUUUUUCUCCGCAGACAGGUAGGUGAUUUACACGACCAGUCAGCCAUCUCUUUUCUCUGUGUAAACAAACGCAGACACUGGACCUCUUUUCAGCUCCCUGCCACCAAGUCAUUUUUUAGACCUGACAGUGUCUGUUGGUGAUAGCUGAGCGGAUAGCUUGAAGUUUCUCAGAAUAAAAUGGUACAUUUAUGUUUUGGAUGUGAGUAAGAAAAACUUGGAAGAUAUGAUUUUAAACACUGAAAAUAAAAAAAUGUUGACAUGCAUGCAGCUUUCUUACAUGAGCUUUUGAGCAGUGACCAGUCAUAGAUUCAAGCAAAUGCAUUAAACAGUGUGUGUGCUUCUACUUUAACAUCAGCUGCAACCAUUAGCAAAUCCAGCUAACUAUUAUUGAGUAAUUAUGUCAGAAGUUUUCUCAACUACCGUGUGCUGUCUAAAAAUCAACCUCUCACAUGAAGCAAGUUUAUGUAGUGCUACAGUCAUAACUAAACUGUGCUUAGCAGAAGUGUGCUCUGUCUUUUUAAUGGCAUUCACUGGGGUUUUCUUUGUCAUCUGCCUUCAGAGUCUCAUACUCCAGCUGUGUGACAUUCUGCAGGCUCUGAGCUGAAGCAGGGGUGUAAUGAUAGAUGCUAUGUGUCCAGGUGGGGGGGGGUAGGCGACCCCCUGUGGAGACAGAGGAGACCACCCGGUGUAGACAGGGUGUGUGUGUAU